AAGUUUCUUCUAAUUUAUUCCUAUGAUAUAUAAAUAGUUCAUUAAACAACUGAAAUUAUUGUGUUACAGGUAAAUGGUUAUUCAAAAUACAACCGAAAUUGAGCGUGAAGAUUUUUCUGAUGGUAAACUUAGUUCAAAAUACAACUGAGGUUGAAUCAGAAGCUUGCAAUGGUGAGCAACCGACCUUUUGUCUGAGCAUGUUACCGCACGUUCAGCAAACAAGCACCCACACCAAUAAAAGUGUCCGACACAAAGCGCGGCUCGGCAAGUAAGCCACCAAAGGCUGUACACCUCUGGCUCUAGUAUCGUUUCCGGUAAGCCGAAAGCAGCAUUUUACGACGUACGCAAGGCCCUAAAACCUAUCGCCGGUCUAUAUGUAUCGACCACACCAGAACAAUAACGCUCCUUUAGUGGGAGUCUUUAUAGCAGGUCGGACACGGCUUUAUUCUCGAUCCGCCGGAUUAAUUUGACGGUUGUUAUGUCAUCGUACACGUGAAUCUUGAUAAAUACAUCGUGAAAAACAAUGUGCGGAUAUAAAUGAAAAAUAGAAAUCUUGGGGUUGCAGAAAGCCAGAAAGAAAGUUUGUUCUGUGGUCAUGUCAAGCUUUCGACAAUGUUUAUUUUCAUCUUCAGGAAAUGCUAUGAAAAUACUGGAUAAACUACAAUAAUAACAUGCCUUUAUUCGAUUCUCAUAAGUAAUAUCAUAAGGGCAUCUAAUAUUUCCGAAAAAAUACGGUGCUGUCAUAUUUUUUGUUGAAAAAUAUUACUUUGCAUUGUGUUUUAUCGAUUUUUCUCACAGGUAAAGAUUAGAUGCUUGAAUGAUAUUUGACAAGUAACAGAUUAUUCAUAAAAUACAAUCAUCUCUUGCAUUUUUUGCACCGGUAUUCCACAUCGUCUCCACAACUACAGUAUAUUCA